AUGUGUUUUAAGUCCGGUCAGUAAUACCGAGCGUACACAUGAAGUGGUUGUUGUAGCAACGGUUGUUAGCAACUGCGUAGCAAACACGCGAAAAAAUUAAGUUAGCUUCAUUUGUAAACGAAGGAUAUUCUAAUCAGAACUUCAUGUUUCCGCGAUGUAAACCAAAUAUAGAUAUUGUUUGUGGAACCACAAGAGUUUUAACUUAUACGUUACUUACUUAUUAAAUGUUAGCUCCUAAUUUUAGCAAUGUGCUAAUGUAGCUUUGCGGCAUUCCACAGUGUUUAAUAACUGGAUCUUUGGCUUUCGGGCGCCAGUGUUUACUGCUUCGCUGUUGUUCAGCUUUACUCGGCACAACUUGAAGCCAACAGUGCUAGUAUGUCGGCUGUCAGCAGCCUUGUUCCUGCUCGGUUUCUCACCCUCAUAGCUCACCUUGUCAUCGUUAUCACCAUCUUUUGGUCAAGGGAAAAUAAUGUGAAAGCGUGUUUACCUUUGGAUUUUACCCAAGAGCAGUAUGACAAUCAGGACAAAAAGUUGGUGGUGGGGCUGGGAGUCACCCUCGGUCUGUUUGCAAUAGAGCUGACUGGUUUCUUUUCAGGAGUGUCCAUGUUUAACUCCAGCCAAAGCCUUCUUUCACUGGCUGCCCAUUGCUGUGCGUCUGUGUCCUUGUCCUUCUUUGUGUUUGAGAAGUGGGAAUGCUGGACUUAUUGGGUGAUCUUUGCCUGCUGCAGUGUCGUACCGGCCUUCGUGGAGAUCCUUCUGUUUAUAGCAGUUGUUGGACUGAAGAAGAAACCCUUAUAAACAAAAAAUUGCUUGUUACAUUAGCGUGGUAAUAGACAAGCUUCAGUGUAAGAAUAGUUGCAGUUGGCGGAUGAUAUAUAUUUGAUGUAAAGAAUAAUGGUCUGACUAAAAGGAAUUCGACUCAUGUUAAAAAUCACUGCUGUUAGCAAACUGUAGUAGAUUAUAGUACAGGAUCUGUUUUUGUACAUAUUUUGAAUAAAAUUGGAAACAACUGCU